AUGAUGGCGGAGUUCCAUCGACUGCCUGACCAAAAAUACACCGAAGCUGAGUAUCUUUUCCAGCAGACAAUCGAAAUGGCCAAAUCGGAUGAAGAAUACGACGUGGAACUUUGCUCUACGCCACCACCGCAAACGGGUGAAAUGUUUGACCUGGAGUUGGUGCCGCAAGAGCCUAGUAUUUUUUCGUGGAAGGUUGUGAAACGACGCCAACGGCCGCAUCGCCGUUACACUGUAUCGCACGGCGCACCACCGGCGCCGCCGUCCACGCCCACAUCACUGACGGCCAAUAAUACGCCUGCGCCCUCACCCACCGCCUCUAGCAAUCUCAACGUCAAUGGCAGCGCCGACGAUGAGCCACUGAACAGUCUCCUCUACAUUCUCGAUUACGCACCCAAGUACAAAAAGAAACUCAAGGAGCAGCAACGCACCGAUGCUGAGCUGGCAGAGCUCUUCAAUGUCGUUACGAUAACUAGUAGCGGAGUGGGGGGUAGUGGCGGCGUCAACGGUUAUGCGAGCAAUGGCGGCACGCUGAAUGAUGGAGCAUCAACAAAGUUGCCGCCUGAACGUGGCAUCAGCGCAAAUUCCCGUGUGAUACGAAAACACGAUGCCGACACUAAAAUUUUCAAAAUCCAUCGGAACCCGAAAGAAUUUUUUCGGGAACCGGUCGAUGAAGAGGACUCCGUGUCCGCUCCUGAAUAUGAUGAUGCAGAGGAAAAGAAGGCCCGAUUUCCACGAUUGAGGCACUACAAAUAUUCCUCAAUUCGCAAUCGUCUAUUAAGAACUAAGCGUCAAAGGCGCUUCGAACGCUUUGAGCAUCAAGAGCGCAUGGACGCUAUGGUGGACAAUUUCGAUGCCGCCAUGAAAAUGAAUGAUGCCUAAAUAAUAAGCAACACUUGUGGCCGAACCAUGCAAACUGGCACUGAUUUAAGGAAGAUUACGACAAAAAUUAGAAUAUGGACGAUACGACUACGACGACGAUGCAGACGUCGGCCUUCCAAAUGGGUCUCAAUGUGAUGAAUAUGAAUUUCUUCUGCUAAAUUAUAAUUACAUAAUUAAUGAACUAAAAAUUAAUUUGUUCAUUGAACUUUUUGCGUACAUUUAACUUUAAACGUUACAAAUAGAUUCUUUCUCCUUUUUGUAUCUUCUUUUAACAAAAGAAAAAGAAGCAAAACUUAGUAUAAAAUUAUACAAAAACUGAAUAUAAUUGUAUUGUAAACUAUUGUAAAAGAGGCGCCCAAGUGCGUCCGUGUGAGCAGUCAUGCGUGUUGUACACUUGCCGCCGGCUAAUUGCCGCAAGCCGGGUUUUGCAUGUGCUUGUGGUAUGAUGACGGUUCCGUGACGCAGACGCACUGGCGCACUAGGCAUUAGCGGCUAUUUGCGUCGCAAUACUCUAUGUGUGAAAUGUUUGUUUACUUCUCUCUUAUCAUUUUGCGUUGUAAAUGUGUGAGUAGCGAACACGAGGAGCGCUG